GUCCCAGAAGAUUAUCAUUCUGGCCCCGAUGAGAGUCUGAAUCUGCACCCUAAAAGAACUAAAUCUGGUACAUUACAGAAUGCUAAAGCAGACACCACGUUAGAGGUAAGCUCUGAGCUGUCCCCGAAUACUGACCAACACCCAGGAAUGUGCUAGUAGAGCCAACCAGGACACGCAAGGAGAAUUCGGAGAUGUCUGUAGAUGAAAAGAAUGAGGUGCCAGACUCCUCUGAACCACCAGACGUCUCUGAAGAUGAACUCAAAGAACAGCCUACAGAAACAGAUCCAGAACAGAAGACACCAGAUUUUCGAAGUGAAAAACCAAGAAAAUCAGUUGAAGAGGAAGAUCUAGUUCCAUCCAAGAUGACCAAAUCCGAGAAGAAACGAAAAGAAUCAGCUAGGAAAAAAAGUAUAGAGCCAUAUGAGGUAACUAAACCUGAGUUCCCAGACCGGAAGCUAAGAAAGUCUAAGGAGGAAGCAGAAACUACAGAGGAGUUUCAAGGCAAGUCUACACAGCAGGUGGGCACAGAGCAGGAUAAGUUCCCAGACAAGAAACUAAAAAAGUCAACUAAGAAGAGAGCCUCAGAGCCAUUGGAGGAAUUCAAUCUGCAGCAUUUUGGAGAAGAAUCAAGAACACUGAUUGAUGAAGCAAGUCAAGAACUAUCAGAAAAGAGAACAUCAAAGGCUUCAAAGAAAGCACACAAAAGCUCUUUUGAUGCCAAUUUUCCAGAGAUGCUAGAAGAGAUUACUCUAGCACUACUGGAAGAAAUAAAACCAGAUGUUGAAGACGAGUCGCAAGAUACAUCUACUAAGGAGAAAGUUCCAGAGCCAGUAGGGGACAAGAAACCAAUAACUCAAAAGCACAGGCAGAGAAGACCAAGCAUGCAACCUAAAUUAAAGGGCUCAUUAACAGAGCCAAGUCAGGAGAAGGAGCCCGUGCUAAAGGCACAUACCGAGCCAGAGUUUACAAAGGAGAAACUAAUAAAGUCAAUGGAGAAAACUGAUUAUGAGUCACCACAGACAACUGAUCUAGACAUUCCAGAGAAGUCAGAGCUGGAACCAACCAUCGAGAAAAGUCUCAAGUUACCAAGUGAACCCAAACCAGGAGAGGAGGGACAAUUUCCCAAGGAAGACCGUCCAGGACCAAGCAAACUCAAGUACCCUAUAGGCAAGGAUGACCUGAUAUUCUCUGAAUAUCACAAAAAGUUGUCAGAAAAAAAAUCUACCAAGAGUAAAAAUGACUAUGUAGUAGGAUCUCCUAGAGAGAGUGUAGAAUCCGCCGGUUCAGUGUAUGAAACCCAAGAGUUCCUCAGAGACCUGCAGGAUGACAUGAAUGAGCUGUUUACAGCUGUUCCUGAUUUAGAGGUUUCAACAGAACUGAAGGAUUCUCUAGUUUUCCCCCAGGACGUAGACAUCGUAGGAGGUAAAGAAACCCAGAUCAAGCCAAGUCUUAGACCACGAUUUGAGCACCUUACCUGGAGCCCAGAAAGGGUUGCAGAGUGGAUUAGUGAUCUAGGCUACCCUCAAUACAAGGAGUGUUUUACUGAAAACUUCAUCAGUGGUCCAAAACUCAUCCACGUAAACUGCUCCAACCUGCCACAGAUGGGGAUAACUGAUUUUGAAGACAUGAAGGCAAUAUCCUAUCAUGUCCGAGUGCUCCUGGGAAUUGAAGAGCCUCUCUUCAGCCGCAGCAUCUGCCUUCCCUACAGGGACAAUAUAGGCUUAUUCUUAGAGCGGAAAGGGCACAGUGGGGUAAAGUCUGACGCCUUGACCUUCUCAGAGUUUGUUGAGGCAUCGGGGUUACAGGAGUAUAGUGCAGAGGUAUCAGCGUCACAGGAGACCAGUCCAGAGGUAAAAGCCAUGGACAAGAGUGAAAACUCAAGCCUGGAUGAAAGUGACAUAAUAAUAAUACAGAUUUAAACGCAGUGACAAUAGGGACAACCAUGUCACUUAGCUCGAAAGAUCAAACUGGGGCUGAAGAGAUGGCUUAGCAGUUAAGACCACUCGCUACUCUUCCAGAGGACCAGGGUUCAAUUCCCAGCACUC